AUGUGGCUUCACAUUUCUCUUCACUGUUUCCUUGACCCAGUGCCCUUACAAAGCAUCUCUGUGGACGUGGUGGUCCGUGGCUUCGUGGCUGAUGUGUUUUCUGAGCUCCAUUACAAGAAUGAAGAAGAGAACCCAGCGGAGGUGACAUUUCUCUUCCCUUUGGAUAAUGAAGCUGCCAUCUAUGCCUUUGAGGGCCUGAUCUGUGGGACACGGAUUGAGGCCCAGAUCCGAGAAGUGAAAGAGGCACAGUAUGAAUACGACGAUGCCCUAAGUGAAGGACGGCAGGCCUUCCUGCUUGAGAGGGACAGAACGUCCAGUGACAUUUUCAAAUGCAGUCUGGGGAACCUUCCUCCAGGAGGGGAGGCCACGCUGAUGCUGCGCUACGUCCAGCAGUUGGCUCUGGAGCCUGACGGGGCUGUCCGCUUUGUCCUGCCUGUUGUGCUGAACCCCCGCUAUGUGCCUGAGGGAUCAGAAGAGGACGCAGUCACUAGUCCUAUACCCCCACGAGUGCCUAAUGGAAAGCUUCCCUAUACGCUCAGCCUCAGCGCCAUGCUGGAGUCCUCCCGUGUCAUCAACCGGGUGGAAUCCAAAUGCCCUCUUGAGCCCCUUUGCUAUAUAGCAAAAGACCAUACUGCUGCCCAGGUCUCCUUGGCAGAAGGGCACCAGUUUGACCGAGAUGUGGAGCUGCUGAUUUAUUAUGAGGAUGUUCACAAGCCCAGCGUGCUCCUUGAGGCUGGGAAGCCAGGGGUUGCGUCAGGCUCCCUGAUGGGGGACCCAUCCCUUCUGGUUACCCUGUACCCUUGCUUGAGCUGUGCCCCCAAGCCAGGCCUGAAUGCCACUGGGGAAUUCCUCUUUCUGCUGGAUCGCUCCGGUAGCAUGAAGUUCAGACAUGCUCUUUCACCACCACGUAUUCAGAGUGCCAAGGAGACCCUUAUUUUCCUCCUGAAGAGUCUCCCUCUAGGAUGCUUCUUCAACAUCUAUGGCUUUGGAUCCAAAUUUGACGCAUUUUAUCCACAGAGCGUAGAGUACACCCAGAAGACAAUGUCAGAGUCUGUCCAGCGUGUGAGGAAACUGCAGGCCAAUUUGGGGGGCACAAGGAUCCUGAAACCACUGAAGGCCAUUUACGCUCAGCCAUGCCGAGAAGGAUAUCCUCGUCAGCUGUUUGUGUUUACAGAUGGAGAGGUAUCAAACACACGUCAAGUCAUUGCAGAAGUUCGGUGUCACAGCAGCUCCCACAGGUGCUUCUCCUUCGGCAUCGGGGAAGGGGCCUCCACCGCCCUCAUCAACGGCAUCGCUCAAGCGGGCGGAGGCUGUGCCGAAUUCAUCACCCACAAGGAGCGCAUGCAGGCCAAGGUCCUGCAGUCUUUGAAGAAGGCCCUGCAGCCUGCAGCAACGGAGAUCUCUCUGCGUUGGGACUUGCCUUCCGGUCUUGAGGCCGCUCUGGUGGGGUCCGGCCCCCAGUUCCUCUUUGAUGGACAGCGCAGCCUCAUCUAUGCCCAGAUCCGUGGGCAGCAUCAGUCCUCAGGUGCCUCAGAAGGGUCGGUUGUGAUCCAGUACAACUUACAAGACCACACUUUCACAGAGACAAUGAAGUUCCCACUCCAAGUUCAGGAGAGUGACAGGCUCCCUGUUCAUCGACUGGCGGCCCGCGCCCUUCUGCAGGAGCUGGAGGAUGCCGAAGAGAAGGAUGAAGAAAAGCAGCGCCUGGCUCUGGAGACGAGCCUGAGUUCAGGGGUGGUGUGUUCCCAGACUGCCUACGUGGGAGUGAACACAGAGAUGGGCCAGCCACCGCCAGGCCCCGUUUUCUACCGACCUGUCUUAUAUUUGUAUAACCCAGAUGGUUGGGCGCAAUCCCGUGCAAACUCCAGUGAUAUUGCUAAGGGUACUCCCAUGCCCGGGAUGCCGACGGCGGAAAGCAUUACAGCCCCUGAGGUGAAAGAAAAACCCAUCCCCAAGAAAAAGGAAUCUCCUCUCUUGCAUCUGGUCUCCCUGCAGAAUGCAGAUGGCUCCUGGGUCCUCGAUGCCAGCCUGGCCAGGCUGCUGGGCCUGAGUGAGGCCAAGAUCGUGAGCAAAACACCCGAACAGGUGGCCCCCAAUGUGUGGGCAACUGUGCUAGCCAUCCUGUGGCUCCACUCCAGAGCUGCGGAGCAGAGGGAGGAAUGGGAGCUCCUGGAAGCGAAAGCCCUCAACUGGCUUCAAGCAACUGCAGGGUCUCAGCUAGCGGACUGUGUGAAGACUGGCAAUGCAGUGCUGGGCAGCAGCGUGAGCCCCCAGGCUUUCGGUCUCUGAGCU